AUGGUCAACCCCACUUCCCUUUCCGCCUCCCCCGCCGCCUCCCCCUCCACCCUCCAGCACAGCUCUGGCGUCAACCAUACUUCGAUUGCGGACGAAGGCUGUAACGAUGAUCCCCCGCCUAUACUUUCGCCUCCUGUCGGUAACUCGGCAGGAGGCGUCCCUUCAAACCUGCCAGAUGACCGUUCUGGCUCGAGCUCAAAUACUAUUCCGAAUACCUCAUACUUGACUCCCGGAGGUAGCAAUGGUAGCAACAACACCACCACCUCUGUUGGUGGUCACCCAGGAAGCAGGGUUUACGAUUAUGGCUUCUCGGGUAAACCUUUGCCUGCGACUGCCGCGUCUAGCCCUAUCUACGAUUCGACCCCGAGUGGACAGAGCUCCACAACAGCUGUAAAUACAAUUACAGCUAACUCUACAGUCGGUUCGUUCGAUGGGGUAGCCCCACACGCGGCCAGCGUCGAAGCGGUUUCUUCGCUUCUCAAGGUCGAUCUGAAGAACGGAUUGACGACCCAGGACGCAAAGGCAAGGUUAGAAAAAGAUGGAAUGAAUAGCCUUACCAGCGACAAGGGAGUCACUUGGUACAGUGUACUACUCAGACAGGUCUCAAACAGUUUGACAUUGGUUCUGUUGAUUGCUAUGGCUGCAUCAUACGGAAUGUUCGACUUCAUUGAGGGUUCAGUUAUCACUGCUGUCAUUGUCCUGAACAUUGUCAUUGGUUUUGUUCAGGACUGGAAGGCGGAAAAGACCAUGCAAUCUUUGCAGUCUCUCUCUGCUCCCAUCGCGUCUGUCAUCCGUAACAACGGCCAUGUUGAAAAGAUCAAAGCCGAAGAAAUCGUUCCGGGUGACAUUGUCAAAAUUGUUGUUGGCGAUGUUGUCCCUGCAGAUCUUAGGCUCUUUGAGGGCAUGAACUUUGAGACCAACGAAGCUUUGCUUACCGGUGAGAGUUUGCCGGUCGCCAAAACUCCUCUCAUGACCUUACCGCAUGCCGACUUUCCCCUUGGAGAUCGUACCAAUAUGGCUUACGCCUCAUCCACCGUCUCCAAGGGACGUGCUGUUGGUAUUGCGGUUGCUACUGGUAUGAAUUCCGAAGUUGGAAAGAUCGCCGAACUCUUGAGAGGAAAGCGUGACGAGGACGCUGGAAAGGGCUUCUUCGGAAAAGCUUUUGGAAAGUUCAAGCGUGGAGGAAAGAAUAUCCUUGGUCUUGUUGGGACCCCCCUUCAAGUCAAGUUGAGCAAGUUCGCCCUUCUUUUGUUUGGAUUUGCCAUCUUACUGGCUAUCAUUGUGUUCUCUGCGGCUAAGUGGAAAAUCACCGAUGAGGUUCUUAUCUACGGUAUCUGUGUCGCUGUUGCUGUCAUCCCUGAAUCUCUUAUCGCUGUCUUGACGAUCACUAUGGCUGUCGGCACAAAGACCAUGGCGAAAGGCCAUGUCAUUGUACGCAAGAUGCAAGCUCUUGAGGCAGUCGGUGGUGUAACCAACAUCUGUUCAGACAAGACCGGAACCCUGACCCAAGGAAAGAUGAUUGCUCGCAAGGCUUAUAUUCCUGGUCUUGACGGCAUGUUGACUGUCAACGGUGCAUCUUCUCCAUUCGACCCCAAUUCUGGAAACUGCACCAUCGGCGACACAGUCAUCGAUGGAGGUUUUGUCGCAAAGGCACCUGCAUUGGAGAAAUUCCUUGAUGCUAUUGCCCUUUGUAAUCUUUCGGUCGUCAGGCAAAACGAGGAUACAUCAAUCUCUUCCGAGAAGCCUGCUGGUACCUGGAGCGCUGAUGGUGAACCCACUGAAAUCUCUCUGCAAGUCCUUGCCAUGAGAUUCAACCAUGGGAAGCCAGAUCUUAUUGCAAGUGGCAAUUGGGAGCAGCUUGCUGAACAUCCCUUUGACUCCACCAUUAAGCGUAUGAGCGUUGUCUACAAGAACACCGGCAGCAACACCGUCGAAGCUUUCAUGAAGGGAGCUGGCGAGGUUGUUAUCCCUACCUUGAACCUCCCUGAAUCUGAAAAGGCCGAGAUCAUGAACUUGGUCGAGCGUCUUGCCGGUGAAGGUCUCCGUGUUCUCUGUACCGCUCACAAGACUCUACCUUCCAGCGAGAAGAGCGUGAUUGAUAACCGCGCUUCUGUUGAAAGUGGCAUGAGCUUUGUUGGACUUGUUGGACUCUAUGACCCUCCUCGUUUGGAGACCUUCGAUGCUGUUCGCAAGUGCAAGGUCGCUGGUGUCAAGGUUCACAUGUUGACCGGAGACCAUAUCAGAACUGCCACUGCUAUUGCUCACGAAGUUGGAAUUUUGUCUCCUGCUAUCCCGGCUUCGCAAGCCAACACGAUUGUUAUGACUGCUGGACAAUUUGACGCGAUGAGCGAAGAGGAUAUCGACAGACUCGAGGCUUUGCCAUUGGUUAUCGCCCGUUGCUCUCCUGCCACCAAGGUCCGCAUGGUUGAGGCGCUUCACAGACGUGGUGCCUUCUGUGUGAUGACUGGUGACGGUGUCAAUGAUUCACCCGCUUUGAAGAGAGCAGAUGUCGGUAUCGCCAUGGGUCUCAGCGGCAGUGAUGUCGCAAAGGAUGCUUCGGACCUUGUAUUGACUGACGACAACUUUGCCUCCAUCGUCCGCGCUGUUGAGGAAGGGAGACGUCUGUUUGAUAACAUCCAGAAGUUCAUCAUGCAUCUUCUCAUCUCUAACAUCUCCCAAGUUGUCCUUCUUCUCAUUGGUCUCGCCUUUGCCGACUCAUCAGGUGUCUCCGUCUUCCCUCUGUCACCUCUUGAGAUUCUCUGGGUCAACAUGAUCACGUCUUCGUUCCUUGCCCUCGGAUUAGGUCUCGAAGAGGCUCAGCCCGACAUCAUGACCCGCCCCCCUCACGAUCUACGCGCCGGAGUGUUCACAUGGGAGGUCAUCAUCGAUAAGAUGAUCUACGGUGUCUUCAUGGGCGUCCUCUGCCUCGUCUCCUUCGUCAUCGUCAUCUACGGCUACGGAAACGGCAAUCUCGGCCACGGCUGCAACCACGCCUUCAACGACACCUGCGUCGACGUGUUCCGCGCUCGUGCCACCGUCUUUGCCGUCCUCUCGUUCCUCCUGCUCCUGACCGCCUGGGAGGUGAAGCACUUCUCGCGCUCGCUCUUCAACCUCGACCCGGCGCGCCACCGCGGCCCCUUCAGCAUCAUCCACACGCUAUGGUACAACCAGUUCCUCUUUUGGGCCGUUUUUGCCGGCUUCGUCAUCACGUUCCCUGUCAUCUACAUCCCGACCUUUAACACCGUGGUGUUCAAGCAUAUGGCUAUCACCUGGGAGUGGGGUGUCGUCGUGGGAUGCUCCGCCACAUAUCUCGCCCUCGUGGAGAGCUGGAAGGCGAUCAAGAGGUGGAAGAAGAUUGGCUCGGCAAAGUUUCUCAACAGGGUACAGGCCGAUCUCGAGGAGGGCCUUGAGAGCGGUGUUGCCAGUGGGAGGAGCAGCAGGAGUGGCACAAUCGUGGAGGAUCAGACAAAAAUGUAA